AUGAAUUCAAGGAUUUUUGAUUACACUAAAUCAGCAUCUAAGCGAUUAAAAAGCCCAAGAAUUUUCAAAACUGAAGCUAAUUAUUAGUACAAUAGUAGAGACAACAAAAGUAUUACAUCAUCAUAUUAACAGAUGAUAACUACAAUAAAGCGACAUCAAUUAUAAAUGAUAGACCUGGUUAGGGAUAGAGAGAUUAGAGUGAGAAACAAUAUUAGAUAACUAAAAAUAGUAUAUAUUACUCAUAUCAAAAGGAUUGGUUGUUAAUAAUUAUUCAUAAUAAAGCAGAUAAUAAUUAAACAAUACACACAAUAAAUACAACUCCUUUUUGGACUCUAUCAUGAAAUUAAAUAAAUCCAAAGAAAUAAAUAGAAUACCAAUCAGAUCUCGAAAAUAAUUGUGGCAUAAUUAUGUAAGUAAAUAUCUCACUUAAACAAAAAAGGUUAAUCCAGAUUCUUCAGUUCCUGAGAGAAGAGUUCAUAGUCAAAUUAACAUUUUAAAAGCAGAGGAAAUCUAUAAUAAAAAUAGAUCAACAGCAUCAUUAUGUAGUCUUGAAUCUCAAGAUAAUAUUCAAUUAAAUCUAAAAUACAUUCAUAAAACCAGAUAAGGUUAAAUAGCAAAUAACCCUAACAAAGUAAACUAAGACAUAUUUUAUUGUUAAACUAAUCUCGUCGAAAAUUUGCAUUUAUUUUUUGUUUGUGAUGGACAUGGACAAAAUGGACAAUUUGUGUCCAAUUUCAUAUAAGCUAAUUUACCAAAUAGCAUUCGAAGAGAUAAAUUAUCAUAAUAAUCUCACUAAAUAAAAGAAACCCUUCAGAAAUCCAUCUAAAACAUCUCUGUUAAUGUGAACAAAUAAUCUUUUGAUACAAAUUUUAGUGGUUCUACAUUGAAUGGUAUAAUAUUGUAAGAAAAUGGUAAAAUUCAUUCAUUUAAUGUUGGCGAUAGUAGAACAGUCAUUGGGAAAUUUAUAGGAUAUGGUUCAAAAUUUAAACCUUAUUAAUUAACAGUUGAUCAUAAAUUAACUAUUAAAAAAGAAUAAUACAGAGUAAUUUCAUCAGGAGGUAAAAUAGAUACAUUCUAUGAUUAAAAUGGUAAAUAAUGUAGAUAUUUUAGGUAAUCCAAUUGGACCAAUGAGAGUUUGGGUCAAUGGCACCCAGUAUCCAGGUUUAGCUAUGAGUAGAAGUAUAGGAGAUUAGGUAGCGUAAUCCAUUGGAGUUAGUAGUGUUCCAGAUAUUGUUGAAUACUAAUUGGGAUCUAAUGAUAAAUUUAUCAUUAUAGCCUCAGAUGGAAUAUGGGAAUUCUUAGACAAUCAGAUUGUUGUUGAUAUUAUUGGAAAAUACUAUUAGCAAAAUAAUAUUGAAGGAGCUAGUGAAGAAUUAAUGAGGGUUGCAUAUAGAAUGUGGACAAUUGAUGAUGACUCAGUUAUUGAUGAUAUCACUUUUAUAAUAAUAUUUAUUUAGCAUUAAUGA